GGGCGGCCCCGGCCCGCGGCGGCGGCGCUGACAGCCCGCCCGGAGCCCCGGGGGCGGCCGCGGCCACCAUGUCGUCCCCCAGCCCGGGCAAGAGGCGGAUGGACACCGACGUGGUCAAGCUCAUCGAGAGCAAACACGAAGUGACGAUCCUGGGGGGACUCAACGAAUUUGUCGUGAAGUUUUAUGGACCACAAGGAACACCCUAUGAAGGUGGAGUAUGGAAAGUUAGAGUCGACCUUCCUGACAAAUACCCCUUCAAAUCCCCAUCUAUAGAUAUCUCACCACAUCUUGAGUCCUUCCUGCCCCAGCUGCUGGCUUACCCCAACCCCAUCGACCCCCUGAACGGAGACGCUGCCGCCAUGUACCUGCACCGGCCAGAGGAGUACAAACAGAAAAUCAAAGAAUACAUCCAGAAAUAUGCAACAGAAGAAGCACUAAAGGAGCAGGAAGAAGGCACCGGGGACAGCUCGUCCGAGAGCUCCAUGUCCGACUUCUCUGAGGACGAGGCUCAGGACAUGGAGUUGUAGUAGAGGAGGCCACUGCUUUUCAGAGACACUCUAAUUUCCUAACCAUGAGAAGCAGACUAUAAUAUUCAUAUUUAAACAAAGCAAUUUUUUUUAUUACUAAACAAGGUUUUUAUGAAUUCUAGCAUUGAUAUAUAUAUGUACCUAUAUAUAUAUCACCCUUUAGAAUCUUGAUUUUUUUUUUUUUCUCUCUCUCGGUCAUUUCCCGGUUUUUUUUCCCUGAGGUGCAUUAGAGUAUUCCCAACAUUCCAUUCUGGUAGCAAUAUGCAACCUGGAUGCAUGCUUGAGAUUUUUUCCAUUUUGGCCAAGUCUACUUUUGGUGUGUGCUACCAAACAGCUGCCCUGGGAGGGAGGGAAUAACAAAAAAAAAAAAGAAAAAAAAAACCAACAAAAAUCCAAACAGAACAGGAAAAACAAAGAGGGAUUUACUGUUGGAUUUGCUGUUGGAUUGGCUGUUGGAUUUGCUCUUGGAUUUGGAUUUGGUGUUGGAUUGGCUGUUGGAUUUGCUGUUGGAUUUACUCUUGGCUGUUGGAUUUGCUGUUGGAUUUGCUGAUGGAUUUGCUGUUGGAUCGAGAUUUCCACCUGGCAUGUUGGAGGUUAAAACCUUGGGGGUGGUAGAGCUGUGUAGGGAUGGAAGGGGCUCCUCUAAAAGAAAAAAAAAAAAAGAGAUUUAAGUAAAGAAAAGAACUCAAAUGAGUGGAGCUGGAGAACGCCUCGGAAUUUGGGAAUUUCAGGAUUUCGGAAUUUCGGAAUUUCGGGAUUUCAGGAUUUCAGGUGUGGCUGUGGACUCCUCCCUGCCCUCCCGAACUGUGGGCACUGCUGGAUGCCCUGGGGGAUUCUGGAGAAGCUCUGGAUGUUUAUUCCCCUGGCCUGGGGUGGAUCAGGAAGAACCUGGAACCCUCCUGGACCUGGGAUUGAGCCGGAGCUCGUGGACGUGAAAUUUCUGUCCCACCUGGAACCUUCACUGCCUUCCACUUGGCUUUGUUGUUAUAAUUAUUAUUAUUAUUAUUUUCUGUAUUUCUUUCUUUCCUCCACCCUUUUUUUGCUGGAAAUCUGGCACUGGGAAUUGCUCUGACCAGAUGGAUUGGCCUUGGAAUUGGAAUUGUCCCUUUGGCCAAAGUCCACGAAUCCAUCGGCGCCGAUUUUGAUUUUUUUUCUUUUUUUUUUUUUUGAAAUCUUUCUUUCCUCCCUCUUCUGCACCAUCUGCUUGUGUGUGUACAACAGGAUAAAAUUCCUUAAGAGUUAAGAAAACAAAAAAAACCCACACAAAAUUUGAGCUGAAUAAAAAAAAAAAAACCUAAAAAGCACCAACUAAGGAAGCAAAUGAAGUCACUCUGUUUUUUUUUUUGUUGGUUGGUUUGGUUUUUUAUUUUGGUUUGUUUUUUUUUUUUUUCCUCCAGGAUGUUUGGGAAUUGGAAUGUUGGAUUUCUCCUGGUGUCUUGCAGCAAGCUGAGAGAUUUUUUUUUUUUUUAAUUAUUAUUAUUAUUUUUUUUUUUUUUGCUGUUGUUCCUAAAAAUCUGCUGAGUAAAUCCUUGGGAUACUUGAAUUGGGAUAAUUGUGCAUCAGAGAUUCAAACUGAGAUGGAUUUUUCAAGCUGAAUGUUACCUGCUGUUUUCUUUUGGGGAUUUUUUUUUUUUUUCAGAGGGGUUUGGAUGAAAUCAUUUGUGAUGCAGGGAAAAAAACAAAAAAAAGAAAAAAAAAAUCAACCCACCCUGAGCAGAGUUCUGAAUGUCAGAUUUGUCAUUCUCCCAGAAAAAAUUCCUUUUCCAGGUCCCAACCCAUCUCUGUUCAUAAAGCACAAUCACUUCUUUGAUUUCUUUUGCUUUUGGGGGGAGGGGGGAGAAAACAACAAAAAAAAACCAACAAAAAAACCAAAAAAAUUUCAUCAAAUCCCACUUGGCUUUGGCAUGAUUUUCCUUAAUAAAAAAACCUUCCACGAA